UACAAGCCUCACACACACACACACACACACUCAUAACACACACAAGCUCGCCCAGUCACACACAUAUUUACAUCGGCUCCCUCUGUUUUACUCUCUGGAAUAGUGGAUUACUUCAUUAAUUGAGCCACUCAUCAAGUAGAUCCAGGCAUGAUCAGGUGGCAGUGUGUUGGAGCGGUGUCGAAGUGUGAGAUGAACUAUGGAGGGGCGCAGGAGACCAGUCACUAGCCAAACCAGCAGCCGCACAACCACUAGCAGCAGUAGCUCAGGAAGGCCCUGGAGCAUGCAGCUGGGCCCUCACUAGCACCAAGUGGACCCGGUCCUCUCCUCUUCACCUUGGGGCCAGGACUGCAGAAUGCUCAGUCCUGUCACCCCUUACAGUCUGUUGAAGAUGCACUGGUCUCCGGAGCACGCCGCCCCUUUAUCUCAGUGGCCUGAGCAACACCUAGAUGUCACCUCUACUACUUCGCCACCAUCUGCCCACAAACACGACCCCUACGCUACAGCUACUCGCCGCAGCUAUGCCCCCGCAGGUUACCCAUGGGCCAGUGACGACAUAUCCGCCCUUACUGCUUCUUCUCUGCUUAAACGCUACGCUGAGAAGUACUCCGGUCUAGAGCUGUCCUAUGAACGCCCUGCUACAGGAGCCUACUCAGACCCGGGAACUUUCCUGAAAACUGAAUCUGAGCCCUGGGCUCUGGGUCAGGGCAUGGAGUGUUAUCCUGGACUAGAGGCAUUAACUGGCGCCAAGGUGGGUUCUGCCUCUGUGGGCAUCCCAGCCACAGGAAGUGUAACAGUAGUGAGCAGUAACUUGGCCUCUGAGCCAAGUUACAGUGGUGCUGGCUCCUGCAGUGCCCCGUCAUCUCAGGAAUACCCUCCUGCCUACAACAGCACCUACCUGUCAUCAGGAUACUGCCCUCAGCCCAGUGCAGCACUUCCCUCUGCCACUCUACACUCUUUGCAGGCCACACCCACUCUUGUGCCCAGCUACAGUGCCAGCACUCCUGUCUACAACUACCCUCCAGGGUGCUACCCCCAAACCAGCCUGUCCUCUGGAUACAGCCACCCCAGUGCCUCCUAUCUGCCCUCUGGGAUUAGUGCCCCAACUCCUCUGGCCCCAAGGCCCACCAUGGUGGGGGGGAGUUACAGCUACACAUCUCACAGCCUUGGAGGGAGCUCCGAGGCAGGGGGGCCACUGAAACGCAAGGCCUUUGAGAUGGCAGAGGAAGGACAGGAGGACGCAGAGGUGGAGGGAUCGCGCUACAGAAAGUACAACAAUGGAAACAGUCAUAGCAAAGGCCACGGCAACGGGCACAGCAAUGGCUAUGAUAUGAGUGGCUCGGCUUCAGAUCCACAGGCCUACAAACCCGGAAAGCCCCUGAUGUCGCCCCCAUAUGCCAGGUCAGGGGACUACAGCCCACCAUCAGGCCUAGCAGGAGAGAGUGUAUCAGGGGAGCACAACUUUCCUCAGCCGCAGAGAAUGUCUAUGAAGAUACCUGCGUCGCACACACGAUCUGAGGACCCAGCUGGAGGCCGCUGACAGGCCCCGUUGGCAUUUGAGAGGAUUCCCUCACUCUUUGAAACCAACCAGGGUUCUUAAUGCAGACAGAUUCGGGGGAAUAACAUUGGAUUUGUCAAUGAAAAUUUUAUUUUCACUUGCAAACACAAGAGGGCACAAGACUGGCAUUUCUUGUGCAUAUUUAACAUUUUCAUUAUUCAUGUUUUUCCAAAGAUUCACAGGGGCCUUUUGCCCUGAAAGGUUGAGUUAAGUCUUAGGGGUGAGGUUGAGGCAUUCUCGGCAUAGAUAACAUGAAGACAGUCUAAAUGUAUGAGUGUCUGUAUCUCUCAGGAUCCUAUUUAUUUCCUUUCUGCUACUGUGGCAACAGCACUGCAACGUUGCUGAUUUAGAAGUGGGUGUAAUUAUUUGUGGCCAUUAUGUAUGUAAAAGGCCUUUGACUGCAAUAUGUUCUACCACAUCACAAAAAUCAGAACUGACCAAAAAGUUAGGAGAGCAAUAACUGAAAUGGUGAGAUUACCAUACUACUUCAGCACAAUCACUGCUACUUUACACAGCUCACUCCGAGGCUUGGUGCCGUCACUUGGCCUUGAGAAAUGAAUGUUUCCCUGCUUUUCACUUUCUCUUCUACGUAUUCUUGACUUUUUUUUCCAGCUUCCUUAAUCGUUUUUUUUUUCUCAUUCUUUAUCUAAUCUCUGUGCUGGAGCCUUGCCUCCUGCUCUCAGCCUUUUUUCAUUGCUGAACAACUUUGUUCAACAACAACUGUCUUUGUCUAGUUCCUACAUACCAAGCUGCUUAUCAAAUGAUUACAUGAUAGUAGACAUGAAGCCGCCCUUUAAACUGUCUUGAUAUAAAGAAAGAGUGGGGAAAUAAUGUCAGAUUUUAUGUUCAUUUUAAAAUGUGUUUAGCAUUCAAACAAUGACAGUAUACAGAGUAUAUGCAGAUCAUCUUCAAAGCGUGUUGUUUACAUGCAGAUUUCUGCUAAUCCUAAAAUGAACAGGUGUAUUUUCUAAAGAAUCUGUGAGUAAUAAUACCUGGUCCAGUUUAUACCUUGUCUUCAAAAUAUUACAAGAAAGAAUGAAUAUACAAACCUACAAACGCAUCUACAAAACAAGCGAAUAACAAACAACCAAGCCUACAUCUGCAUACUGCUAAAAUUCACUCAGAGCAAACUGUUAAAAGUUGCAUGAGCUUGUUCAGAUGCACACCCCAGACCGAGAUGCAUGCAGGCUGAAGCUUCUGAGUCAGUGCCUCUAACAAUUUUUGUUCAACAUUACAUUCUUUAUGAAGAUCUACCUGCUUCUCUUCUAGGAUUUACUUUUUUUAUAUGCAUUCUCUUUACCUUUGCCUCUCAAAAGGAUGAUUUAUAGUUGUGUUAUUGAAUACUCAGGAAGAAUAUUGUUACCUCAGAAUGAUGAAAAAUAAGAAUGUAUGUUAUUACCUUAGGGUGUUUGUGAGGAGCUUUAUGGAGCAAGAUGAAAAUGGAGCCAUGGCUUUGUCAAAGAGCAAAAGAUACUCUGAACACUUCAGGGAAACAAUGAACUUACAAGGCCUUUGAUACUAACAGUAGAAAAUACCUACACACACACACACACACACACACACACACACACACACACACACACACACACACACACACAAUUUCUUAGCUCUGGGGAAAUUAAACUUGAGGUUUUUGUACCAAGGCCUGAAAUGUUGAAUGUAAUUCAGAUAUUUUUUUUAAAAGGACAAUACAUGCCAUAAUGUACAUCAAUGAUGUUUUUAGAUAUAUGAAACAUAUUUUCUUCAUGUAUAGAUGUAAUUCUCUUAUAGGUUUUGGUGGAGAAAUGAAUGACAUGUUAAGUGUUAGUGUAGUUAGCAGUGGGGGAAAUGGUUUUGUGGACAAAAAGUCAAAACAAAGCACUCCUGAUAGACAACGUUUGACAUAUCAACACGUACACAUACUGCAGUAAAUGCUCUAUAAUAGGUCUGUUAAAUGUCUUAAUAAAGUGUCCAAUUCCCAUUUCCCAUGUCAGUAUUUUAAAACCACGUGUUACCUGUCAAUCAGCUUGAAUUUAGCUUUAACAUGAACUGACACCAUGAAGAAGGGAGAAGUUAAUUGUGACAAACAGAAAUAAAGGAUGUGCACUGUCAGAAAAUAUGUACAGUCACAACUCUUUUUUUGUACCAAGUUGUAGCUUUGCUGCUCCACUAUUUCAUCCCUUCAUAAAUUGUGCCAUACAAUUAUUUUGUACAAAAUUACACCCUUUGGGAGCUGUAAAAAAAACGAACUUCUGCCUAAAAGCAUGCCCAGAGAGUGAAUCCCCUUUCAUAGUAAGAUUUUAGGCUGAUAUGCAUCUUCAGAUUUAGUCUGAAAUUCAGUGUGAUUGAAAAAGUAUUUUAAUGCCUCUUUUGGAAAUAUAAGCACAUUCAUAAAAUUAUACUUACUCAGAAUGUGGUUGAGUGUGAAACAAAUUUUGCUUCAAAUUAUGCUGAAGAAAAAAAAUGCAGAUUAAUAAAAAGGUGUUAAGCAUAUAAUGAUAUAUUCCUACCCCCAGAUUUUAAAAGUAUUUAAGCGCUUAGCUACAACAAUUAAAUGCUCUUCAAUACCACACAAAGAAUGUGCUCUACAUUAACCUUGAACACGGCAACAGACAACAGUAUUUGCUGUUUCUUGGUGUUACUCUGAUUCCUUGAAGUAAGUCGAGUUGAAUUUGUCCAGCAGAUCAGAAAUGGGAUUUCAGUGUUAUCUUUGUAAUUCAGUUGUAACUUUGUUGUAUCUUGUACAUUCUCUGUAACCAGUUCUACCUCAUUUUGAAGACAUUGUACAUGGAAAUAUUUAUUUCAUGUCAUUUCAAAUGCCAGUUUAAGGAGCAAUGUUUCUAAUUCUUGACCUGUUAUAGUCUACCUCACUAAAGACUGUUGUGUCAUGGAAAUGAAGAUAUCAAACCAAAAAAAAAAA